AUGGAUGAACAUGACCCCGAACGCCUGUAUGAUUGGGGUGCGUCAGAGCCAAUGCAUGUUGUAAUACAUGAUGCAGAACAAUGUUUGGAAGAUUUUACCUAUCCGCAGCAGCAUGCAACACUUGAGCAGUUUAUAUGCAACAUACAUGACAAGGGGGUCUCCCAUGUUUCUUGA